CCCCCCCCCCCCUCCAGUUGCCCCAUUUCCACACUCUCUGUCCUGUUGACCAGAAAACAACAGUCUUCAGUUCUUCUCCUGGGUUCAGAUUGCUUUUACAAGAUCAAGCAUCGAAGGAAAAAGGAUUUGGGGUUGUGCUAACAUGGCAUCUCUGAAAACUCUGCUUUGUCUGGGAGUCUGUCUGUCGGCUUGGAUCAUCACUACUGCAGAUGAGACUAUGCUCAAUGCAGAGAACGUCCGCUGGUUUUCUCUGGACUUUAAAACCAUCCUCCGCUGGACUACCAAACCAUCUGACCACAAAUACACAGUGUCGUACUCUAGUGAUGACCUUAACUGGUUGGGUUGUCCUCACUGCACCAGGGUGUCAGACUCAGAAUGUGAUCUGACCGACGAGCUCAAAGCCUCCGACAGGACCUACUCCGCUAAAGUCCAAACAGAGCCUUUAAUCGAGGACGAUUCCGAUGACCCGGAUGAGUUCCCGCACACUAAUUCCCUGCCCUUCAACCCCUAUAGAGAGAGUAACAUCAGUGCUGCAGCUUUCACUGUGAAGGCUGUAGAUAAGAGCAGAGUAAAUGUCAGCAUCACAGACCCUCUGACCAGCAUCCAUGUGGGUGGGAAGCAGCUCAGCAUCAGAGAUAUUCUCAAAAAGGACCUCAAGUAUAAGAUCACGUACCACAAGUCUGGUAGUACAGGCAAGAGAGACAUCUUAUCAGACUCCAGCACAGCCCAGGUGUCGAAGCUGGAUGCAGGACAGAGUUACUGCUUCAUGGUGGCAGCUUUCAUCCCCUCUAGACCCAGAGCCACCCAGCAGGGAGCCUGGAGCACACGGCAGUGUACACCUGGAGACAGUAACAGCCUUGAAGAGUUGAGUCUUGGAACAUGGGUCGGCGUAGCCUUUGUCCUGCUCACAGUCCUCAUCACCAUCGUCAUGGUGACGGUCCUCUGCUGCAGAUGCCGCCGACAGAGAAACACAUCUCAAUCAUCGGCACCUGUUUAGUGUGUGUGUGUCUGUGUGUGUCUAUCUGUCUGUGCGUCCGUUUGUGUGUGUGUGUGUUUGUGUGUGUGUACAUGUCUUUCAAACACAGGGAGCGGGUCUCCCUUUUCUAUCUUGCUUUAAUUCUAGGAAUAUUGCUAUGAUCGAUUUUUUUUACAGUGUUGUAGUUUGUAUUUCAUAUUUUAAUGAAUUUUUAAUACACUAAGGUGAUGUGCAGCUUGCUUUGACAACGCAAUCACUUAUGCCUUUGAGGUUUACUACCUGCAUGUGUGGCACCACCUGUCCAUUUCUUGUGUUCCCAUGUGUGUGAAUGGCCUAUGUGGAUCCAUAACCAUAAUAUCAAAUGCAAACCCCGAGCAACAGUUCCAACCGGAUAGAUCCGUUAGACAGUAUGAGUGCAGACUGCUACUGUAACAUUCCCUUACAACUUUAUUCCCAAAUUGUACCUAAUCUUCUUCUAACCUUUUAACCCGUCUUGUCAAUCUGUUGCUCAAACACUGUUUUCUCUGAACAUAUUUUUCAUAAUUUAUCAUUCUUUCAAUUUAACUUUCUUUUGAAGUUCUGUCAGGACCAAACAAAUAACCACUAAAACCACCGUAAAUGAAGCUCUUUAAUAGCAACUUUAAGCCUCACGGGCUGAACUCAUUCAGAUUGUUUAUUCUUUCAUUUUUUGUUUCACAAGGGUUACUUUUGUUGAUCAAAAGGAUGGAAAAGCAAUAAAGCAUUA